CCAGGACCACCAAGACACCGAAUGUAACAAAGCCAUGUGACCAACCCACACAGCUGAUAACACCUGGAUCCACCUGCAGCUCCUUUUACACAGGCGCGCGCGCACACACCCACGCACACACAGAUGGCCAGUGUCUCCUGCAGGAGCUCAGCGGAUGAAGGACACCGUGAAGCGCAGCAGCUAAUCGGCUUUAUUGGGUUCAGUUGUGUCGGUGGUUUCACAGGAGCAGCAGGUGAACACUCCGACACCUUAUACCCGGUUCUGACCCGGUUCUGACCGCUGACUGGCUCUGUUUUGGGGCUGGGGGAGAGGGCUUUAAACAAGACCGGUUCUGAUCCAGAACUUCCCGGUGGUUUAUGGAUGUGACUGAACCUUGCUCCUCUGCUGUGAAGCUUUGUAAUCCAGGAUGUUGCCGGACUUCAGAACCAGAACCUAAUCCCGUCUUUCUGGAUCUGGACCUGAUGAACUUUGUAAAUAAAGUCAGUUUUUGCGUCUUUGCGCGCGGCGUCUUCCCAGCUGGAGAAGGACUGGAUCCUCUGGACCAGCAUGAGACCUUAGAAUGAACACCGGAGUCCCGCCCGGUCUCGAGAGCCCGCUGUCCGCCGGGCUGUGGCUCGGACCGGGACGGAGCGACGGAGGAGCCGCGGCGGAGAUGGCGGCUAACCUGAGCUCAGCGGGGGCCGGGGCGGGGCCCGGGGCUGGGGCGGGGGGCCACAACGUUCCCGCGCUGGUGUUCGGCGUGCUGCUGAUCGUGGUGAUCAGCUGCGGGAACCUGCUGGUGUGUCUGAGCGUGCUCACCGAGAGGGCCCUGAAGACCACCACCAACUACUUCAUCGUGAGCCUGGCGGUGGCGGACCUGAUGCUGGCGGUUCUGGUCCUGCCGCUCUUCGUUUACUCCGAGUUUCAGGAUGGGGUGUGGACCCUCAGCACCACCACUUGUGACGGUCUGAUGACCAUGGAUGUGAUGCUGUGCACCGCUUCCAUCUUCAACCUCUGUGCCAUCAGCAUCGACAGGUUCAUCGCCGUCUUGAUUCCUCUCAACUACAACAGGAAACACGUGGACCUGCGGCAGGCGGUUCUGCUGUCGGCCACCUGGAUUCUGGCUCUGGCCGUGGCCUCGCCCAUUAUGUUCGGCAUCAACAACGUGCCGGGGCGUGACCCCAGCGAGUGCAAACUGGAAAACGACGACUACGUCCUCUACUCCUCGGUGUGCUCCUUCUUCAUCCCCUGCCCCAUCAUGCUGCUGCUGUACUGCGGCAUGUUCCGUGGGCUGCGCCGCUGGGAGGAGGCGCGCAAGGCCAAGCUGAAGAGCAGCAUCCAGGCCUGCCGCAAGCUGCAGGAGGCUGCGGCCUCGCUGCCUCCUCUGGCCUCCUUACCCCCGCCUCUGCCUCCCAUCAUAGAGCGGGAGCUGACAGCCGACGAGCCGUCCACCUUACCGUCAACGGAACAACCGCUGCACUCCGUGUGUAAGGUCGGCCUUGUGCCCUCGGUCAGCUUUGCGGAGAUCAAAUUCAACCCCGACCCUCACAGAAGGAAGCGAGCAAAGAUCAACAGCAGGGAGAGGAAAGCUAUGAAGGUGCUUCCUGUUGUCGUUGGAGCCUUUCUCUUCUGCUGGACGCCCUUCUUUGUUCUGCACAUCAUGCGAGCUCAGUGUCAGGACUGCAGCGUCCCUCCGGCCCUGAUGAGCGUGGUGACGUGGCUCGGCUACGUGAACAGCGCUCUCAACCCGGUCAUCUACACCGUCUUCAACACAGAGUUCAGGAACUUCUUUAAGAAAGUGCUGCACAGCUGCUGCUCCUAGAGACAGGACGUCAGACCGAGGAGCAGGAGGACACUCUGCAGACUGUGGACAGACUGUGGACAGACUGUGGACAGACUGUGGACAGACUGUGGACCGACUGUGGACAGACUGUGGACAGACUGUGGACAGACUGUGGACAGGCUGUGGACAGACUGUGGACAGGCUGUGGACACACUGUGGACAGACUGUGGACACACUGUGGACACACUGUGGACACACUGGACAGACUGUGGACAGAUUGUGGACAGACUGUGGACAGGCUGUGGACACACUGUGGACACACUGGACAGACUGUGGACAGAUUGUGGACAGACUGUGGACACACCAGGUUCUUCCUCUCAGAAGUUUUCAGGUUUUAUUCAGAAGUGACAGCCCAGUUUGAGCUUCAGCGUGAGAAACAAACCGCUCAGGUGAUCUGUAGCCACUCUUCAAUAUGCAAACUAUUUUAUAUGUGUUCAUCUUUUAAAAAUAAAAAGAAAACUUCUUUAAAACUUCUAA